CUCAUGCAUGCCUUGUUCGAUCCAGAGUUGGACUCAUCACUCAUCCUCUUCCAACAACCCCUGCCCUUCUUGUGUUCCAUUAUAUAUAUUGAUCGAUCGAGCCAUUAACAUACAGUAUUGAGCAGCCCAGGCGGCCGGCCGGUCCCCCUUUGCAUAUAUUGCUGCUCCGUAUUUGCCUAGCUAGCUUGCUAAUUGCCAGCCGGAGACAGAGAGAGAGAGAGAGAGAGAGAGAGAGUUGCAUUAUUGGGGAGAUCGAUGUCGCACUAUUACCAUUACAGAUGGUUAUGGUCUGGAGAAGAUCCAGACAGCAUUGAUCCCGUGGACUUGGCCUUGGCCCCCUAUCGUCCUGAUAUUACAUAUUACGAUGCAGCAACUGGGAGUAGGAGGGAAAUUUUUCCUCUACUACAAGUCCGAUUUCCACGUGGAUAUCCAUCGUCGUCGCCGCCACCCCCAUCGUCGUCCCGCCAAACCGCCGCCGCAAUCUCUGCUGCUGGUCCUGCUGCUGCUGCUAGCCGGCGCCAGCAGAGCAUCGAUCCCACCAUCAGUAAGCGUGCUCGCAUCCCUGCCUCCAGCAAGGCUAUCCUGGGGCUCAAGGAGGUGGUGCUGCUCACCACCACCACCGCCGGCACCACGGACGACGACGACGACGACAACUGUGCCAUCUGCCUUAAGCCUUUGGCUGAUCCUGCAGAUCAUGACAAGGAGGAGCCAACAGCAGCUGAUGUAGACAACAUCACAAAGCUCCGCGCCAUGCCCUGCUUCCACACCUUCCACCAGCACUGCAUCUUCGAGUGGCUCCGACGCAGCGCCGCCUGCCCUCUCUGCCGCCGCCAGCUGCCCACCACGGAUGAUGAUGAUGAUGACGACGACGACGACUACGACGACGACGACAACGAUGACUAGGACGAUCGUACGCACCGGAGAGAGGAGCAUGCGGAAGACGUACGCACGGAGGCAUCAUCAUAUAUGGUUUUUUUUUAUUUACGCUAUUGUAUGGAGA